AUGAAUGUCAUGCGUAAGCUGCGUGGUGCUGCAAGCGCACCCCCAUCGAGUGGCAGUUCCUCCAGCAGUCAGGCGAGUCCCGGCAGCAGUGGCGCCACCGCCGCCAAUGGACGCACAACGCUCCACACGUCACAAAGCGAGGAUGCCGCCGCCCUGCUUGACGCACGCAUACAAAUGAGCUUAGCGACGCUCAAGAAACUCUUCAACGAGUACACACAUCCCAAGGAGCCGCUAAGCGAACAGGAGCGCGAUGGCAAACUUUAUCAAAUGCUGCCCCUAUUUUGCAAGGUCUUCAGCAGCUGCCCCGCCAAUGACAUGAGCGAAAAGUUUUGGGAUGUGGUGGCUUUUUGUCAACAGGUGUCACGGCUUAUGGUCAGCGAAAUACGAAAACGCGCCUCCAAUCAGAGCACCGAAGCUGCUUCUAUAGCUAUAGUCAAAUUUCUGGAAAUUGAAACGACAGAGGAGACGAGCAGCGGAUGGAUGUUGCUAUCAACUUUAAAUUUGUUAGCCAAUGGCGAUGUGUCGCUAAUACAGGUAAUGACAGCGGCGUCGGUGCCCUCAACGCUGGUCAAGUGCCUGUAUCUGUUUUUUGAUCUGCCUCAUGUGGACGAUGAUCCUCCGCCUCUGAGUGGCGAGAGCGCCAGUGAUUUUAAUGCACAUGAACGUCGCACGCUGUUACAAAAGGUGUUUGUGCAGCUACUUGUCAAGCUAUGCUCGUAUCCAUAUCCCGCCGAGGAGCUGGCACGCAUGGAUGACCUAACGCUGCUCUUCUCAGCGAUUACUUCGCCCUGUCCCACGCACAAUAUUGUGUGGCGUAAGAAUGCAGCCGAAAUACUGACCACCAUAUCGCGACAUGGUCUCACCGAUGCUGUCGUCAGUUAUAUACAUUCCAAGGGCUGUAUGGCACUAUGCGUGGACAAUAUGCAACGUUUAACGUUUGGCAAUCCACUGGAAAUUGUUGAAAUGUUUGUCACAGUGUUUUGCUUCCUCAAGGAUUCUAGUCAAGUAUCUCAGAUACUAAUGGAUGAUUUUCGCGCCUCGCAAGGCUACGUAUUUCUCAGUGAUUUUUUGCUCAAAUUUGAUACAACGCGCAGCCACUCACUGGAAAUUCAGGCCGCCAUACGCAAUCUCGUCCUCAUGAUCUCAUCGCUGUGCAUGUGCGGCUUUUACGAGCUGCGUCCACCGCCAGCGCAAUUUAAUACUGUCUUCAAGAUGCAAAAUUUCCAGCUGCCACAGGCGAGUUCACGUGAGACUUGCGUGCGCAAUAUCUAUGCAUUUCAAGUGCUCCAAACGGUCUUCCUUAAGUCAACAACACCAGCGCUUUGUUGCACCAUACUGGAUGCAAUUUCCCGCGUCUACCACUCGGAGAAUGCUAAUUACUUUAUACUUGAAUCGGAAAAUACGCUCAGCUCAUUUGCGGAGCGCAUUCAUCACAAGGGUCCACAAAUUCAGGAGAAAUUCUUUGAUCUGCUAGAGUUUAUUGUAUUCCAAUUGAAUUUUGUGCCCUGCAAGGAGCUGAUCAGCCUGUCACUGCUACUAAAGAACAAUCAUUCGACAUCGUGCAGUAUUUUAUGCCUGAAAACGUUGCUCAACAUUCUGCGGCACAAUAAUGUCUUCAAGGAUGUCUAUCGGGAGCUCGGUAUCAUGGAAAUUCUCGUGGGCUGCCUAAAUCGCUAUGGAGAUCAUGUGCGCAGCAUAACGGCUGGUGAGGAGUCGCUUGUUGUGGUACCGGAACAGGAGGAUUUGAUCGAUACACACGGCAAACAUGUGCUCGAAGCUUUGACUAUUUUGCUGGGAGGUGCCAGCAAUAAUGCCAAUGUAUUCCGUGAAUGUGGCGGUGCCAAGUGUGUACACGAACUGGUCAAGUUUAAGCAUUGCCGGCCGCAAGCUCUGGGUAUUAUUCGUGAGCUGAUACUGUCAGCUGGAGGCGAUGACGAUAUGCUCUAUAUACUGUCACUUAUGCAUGGGGUCAGUCCAUAUCAGGUGGAGUUUAAAAUACAAAUACUCAAUAUGCUGCUCGGCUGCCUCAAGGACUCGCAUCGCACACGUACCGUUUUUCGUAAAGUGGGCGGCUUUGUCUACUUAACCAGCGUAUUUGUUUCCCUGGAUGGCAGUUUGGCUGACGCAACCGUUGGAGAGGAUGUGCAAAAAACAGAGCCUCCUAUACCCCAAGAUGAUCUCAUAUUGUUGCUGCAAAUUGUUUGCCAAACAUUGACAACAGCCAUGCGCUUUGAGCCGGCCAAUGCGAAGUUUUUCCAUCAGGAAAUCUGCACCACCUCGCUUUGCGACACGCUGCGUCUUCUGGGCUGCUUCGGAAGCGCCACCACGUUGCAAGACUAUACGGGUGCGCAUGAAAACCAACAGACAAUAUUAAAAUAUUACCAUGAGGUCUUCAGCGGCGAUAUACUCAACUUCAGCUUUUCAUCGGAGGUUCCUCACUCGAUGUCCUAUGUGUGCGUUAUCUAUCGCCUGCUCUACAGCAUUGCACUCGAUAACUUUGAGGCGCCCAAUCUAAGCGGAAUCAUUACACUCUUCAGCGAGCCAGCGCCCUCGCGUUCGCCCAGCAAGGAGUUGGCCGCACCCGUGCAUCCCAAUCAGCUGAACCUCUCACAGCCGACGCCAGAACCCCGGAUCGUACAUCCAGGCGUGGUACUGUGUAUGCUGCAGCUCCUACCCAGCGUACAACACGAAAAGUCCCCACUGCAUGCACUCCAGUUGCAAGUGUACCUCAGUGAGAUUAUUAAGUCGUUGGUGCGUAGCGAGCGGAACCAGCAAAUUAUGUGCGACAAUGGACUCGCCGAACAAUUGCUCAAACUCACGAGGCGCGCUCUCGCAGAAGAGAUGCAUCCAUUGCACGUGCCCAUGCAGUAUAUAUUGGAGCGUCUGGCGGCACAGGCCCUGCAGCCCACGGAGCUCAGAGACUUUUUGCGGCUGGGGGAGCCGUUGUCCUGCAACGACAUUGAUCUGCAGCAGCCAUAUCGGUUAGGGGGUCCAGUUCCCCUCACACGCAUCAAGACAUUGGUGUCUAUGACGACGCCUCGUGACUUUCGUGCGCACGGCUCUAGUACUCUGCCGCCUUUCGUGGAGCUUAACAUGUCCGCCGAAGGCUUCGGCUGUCUCUAUUUGCCUUCGUUGGCGCCACAGGCCACUGCCACUGCAGGUGGCACAAUCGACUCCAAUACCAUUGGCGGCAUAGGUGCAGGCGAUCGCAUCUUUCCACCACCCACGGGUCUCAGCUAUUCCACUUGGUUUUGUGUGGAGAAAUUCUCUGAUCCCAAAACCGAUCCGCAUUGUGUACGUCUCCUGACGUUAGUUCGCACCAUCCAUAAUCCACGUGAGGAGAAUCUAGCCUGCUUAUCCAUCUUGCUAUCAGCACGCGACAAAGCGAUUGUGGUAUCUACGCAGGAGACUUUGGUCACACCGCGCAAAAGCAUUGGCGACUGGGAGCCAGAAGGCUCGGACGAUGGCAUUGCGCGCAUUUGGUGUCCCGAUCUCCUGCACGAGGGUCAAUGGCACAAUCUAGUAGUAGUGCUCAAUCGCGCCGUCUUGAAGAACUCUAGCCUGUCGCUCUAUUUGGACGGCGUGCCUAUGCACACGCAGAAGUUGCAUUACAUUGCACAAAACCCGGGUGCCACCAGCGCCAACUUGGCUGCUGCCACUCAAGUUUUUGGAUAUAUAGGCACGCCGCCCAUUUGGCGUCGCUACUCGCGUCUCUGCUGGAAACAAGGAGUUUGUCAUUUGCUGGAAGAUGUGCUGACGCAGCAGACCGUGCAGACUAUUUACCAAUUAGGACCGCACUACAUGGGCUCGCUACAAGCACCACAGCUGGGCAAGCAGGCGGAGCCGUUGGCACCGCUUGUGCCCGAAGAUCGCGUCCUACUGGGCCUCAACGCAAAGGCUGUAUCCAAGCUUACGUUGGUGAAGAUACGGAAAGUCUACAGCCGUGCAGACAAUAAAAGCAUUGCCAAGCAGCUAAAUAUGAAUUCUCACGAGAAUGCCACGCCCAUUAAGAUACUGCACAAUUCAGCGGGCCAUUUGGCUGGCGCUGGACGUUCACUGGGCGGCGUAGUCGUGGGCUAUUUGGGGGUGCGUGUGUUUAGCCCCCAUCCCGUUUCCGCCAUGAUUGACACAGUCGGUGGUUGCAAUGUGCUGCUGGGCAUCAUUGCUAUGGCUCAGGAUGUCGAAUCCCUGUAUGCAGGCGUCAAGGCGCUGACCUGUGUGGUGCGCAGCAAUCGCGCUGCUCAAGUGGAAAUGGAUCGAAAGAGAUGUUAUCAAACGCUGGGCAUGUUUUUCAAGAAGAAGAAACACUUGCUCAACUCCCACAUUCUGCAUUUAACCUUUGGUCUGGUGGGCACAGUGAGCAGCGGUCAAGAUAUGUCAGCCAUACCCAAUAUAACAGCCUUCCAGGACUUGCUGUGUGACCUAGAGAUUUGGCAUAAUGCUCCCAAUGGUUUGCUGCGCUCUUUGCUGGAGCAUCUGUUAGAGCUGGCCGUGGAAUCGAAUGAAAAGAAGCAGAAUGUAAAGAUAAUGCGGGAACUACAGCUGCUAGUCAAGUUGCUGCACAUCAUUACGGACAUCACAGAUCAUUCCACUCGCGAAAUACUAUUUAAUCUGUUGGAGACGUUGCUUGGUGGUCAACCGCGGCACACAGAUCUGUUGCUUUACGGCCAGUAUGUGGCUGCCAAGCUGCCCAAAGCGGAGCAAGUGGAGCGCGCCUUGCUCUUCCCCAGCAUGAAGCAAACACAAAGGGAACAAACACCAGAUGCCGCAACAACCGAAGCCGAAGCCAUGGCGCAGAACAUAUAUUUGCGUAAUCGCUGUCUCUCGCUGUUACACGGCCUGCUCUUUACACCUCGGAAUACGGUAAACUAUAUCAUUUGCGACGACAUCUCGAAAACACUGGGCAUGGAUUGGUUGCUGCUUUUCAUGCAGCCGCACGUCCACUUCACCACCGUCAUCAUUGCCGUACGCAUUCUCGUAGUGAUCUGCGCCAACGAGAGUUUCCUGAUCCGCUUCCGUGAUGCCACUCACAAUGGAGGCUAUUUGCGCUUCACCGAAAUGGUCUCGCAACGCAAACCUCUCGGAUUAGGCGCCCAACAGCUAAACGCACGACCCAGCAAUGGCACAGGCACGGUCAUUGUGGCCACGCCACAGAACACCAUUCAGCACCUGCCGACGCAAAUUGCAGGCGAAGUACGAACGGCGGCGUUAAAUAUACCAGGUUUUCAACUGCUCGAGUGGCUGUUACAGCAUCACUUGGACGUGCCAGAACUUUACUUUUUAGUCACUGCUCUGAUUAUGGGUCAGCCUGUUAAGGUGUUGGCAACAGAACACACGAAAUUUGAUUUGGAUCGCGUCUGGUCGUUUCUCUGGGGCGCACCAGUCUCAGCGAACACACAAAUUCCAAAGUUGAAUGUGUGUCCCGAAGCUGUUUGUGUGCUUUUGGGUAUGGUGCGGGCCAUUGUGCAUAGUGGCGAAUGCGCCCCCUGGCUGCACAGUCAUCCGGAGACAAUAAUACAGCUGCUCUUUAGUCUCUAUCAGAAUCUCAACGAUUUCACACCCGUCAUGAUGGCCGGCGAUGUAGUCACCUCGCUGGUGGCCGUGCUUUUUCCGCAAGUGCGAGAGCGUGCCUCCGUGGACUCGGAGCCGAAUAGUGGCUCCUCGACACCAACAGAGGGAACUAGCAGCAGUUAUGUGCUGCCAACGCCGGAGUCUCUCCAUGCUCUUGGGACGGCAAACCAACCAAAAUUAACACAACAUCCGGUGCGUAAGUGCAUCAUUGACUUUUUGCGCGUGCUAGUUGUCGAUUCGCUGGGUCUGAACAUACAUGGAAAGUCCACGCCAGUUAUUGAUCUUGUGCUGGACGCAUCGCCAGAGACUGCGGAGCUGCCACUGCAGGUGGAAUACCAAUCGGAAAUAAUCAUAGCUCUAAUGGAUCAUCUGCUGGCAGCCGAUGUGUUGGUGGGUGAGCAAGCCGCCUUGCCCCUCGUGCCUCUCCUGCAAAGUCACACUCAACACAUUGCGCCAAAUGUCUUCUACUUAACGGCGCGAAUCGUGGACAAGCUGUGGCAGGGUUGCCUGACCCGAAACCCUCACGACAUUUUUGACUUUAUAAUCAAGCUGAUAGCGCAAGCUAAGCGCCGUUCUUCCUCCUUAACUUUGGAGCAGCUACAUCAUUCUCUGAACCGCAGCAUCCUCUUUCUGCUCUCCCGGCCCACCGAAUCCAUAGCCGAGCAGAUGAGCGUAUUGGAAGCAUUACACAAGAUCAUACAACAUCGCCUGCUGAUCUUUGGGGCGGGCAACCACGAGCUGGAGUUCAUUGGCUGCCUAACCUAUUGUCUGCUUCAGCUUACUGCAGACAUGAAGAUUAUAUUGGAGCCUUCGACCAGUCGCAACACCACCUGGCACGUAAAUCCACAGACGGAGACGACGGAACCCAAAGACGAGGAUCUUAAUCAGCUGCAAGGUCGCAAUCUCAUUGUGGGCGCCGCAUUUCGUGUCUGGGAGGAGCUUUACGUGUGUAAAAAGCCUGCUAUUGAAGAGGUCUUUAAGAUUUCAUUGACGCCACCGCUCGCCAAUUCCAAGGCACCCGAUUUGCAGACCACACGCGAGCAAGUAAUGGAGCUGGCCUCUAAACUGUGGUUCAAUUAUGUCGAUGCCGAGCGGAAGGCUUCAUAUCGCGUUCCUUGGGAGCUACACAAUCAAAUCCAGUCAAAAAUACAAAAGGUAACCGGUGGGCUGACCCGCCUUGCCAGUCGAACCAAAGUCAAGAAGGAUGAACUGGUGCGUACAAAGUCCACCAUGAGUCGUGAAGCGGCCUAUGAGUGCACGGGAAUACAUGUACAGCUCAUUAAGGAUCUGCUAGAGUUGCGCUGCAAGCAGUAUGUUCAAAUGUUGCAGCACACCCAGCGAUAUGUCUAUCAGGAUUGGGUGCAGUCCGAAACUGAACUAACGCGCGAACGCGGACUCUGGGGACCCGAAGGCAGCUCGACACUAGAUAAGUGGAUAUUAGACACAACAGAGGGGCCGCAUCGCAUGCGCAAGAAGACUAUGCGCAACGAUCUCUUCUACCUCCACUAUCCCUAUCGACCGGAACUAGAGCUGGCCGAUAAUCGUCAAUUAAAAUACAAAGUAGCGUCUAGCCUGGAUAGCAAAACCUAUUUUCUGCACGGACAGCAGCUGCCACGCAUUCUAGCCGAGGCCGAGACGCAUACCGUGCAACAGCAGCUCUCCAUACAGCAGCAGUCCUCGUUGGAGGCACAACCACAUAAGUUGCAGGCCAGCCAGUCCGCAGAGGCAUCAAGCACGCCUCCUCCACCCGCCUCACCAAAUUUACAGGCACAUGGUAUCGUUGCGCGAACCUCACCUUUUCCCCAAGAAUCGGUGGACGGCACCAAUCCAGAAGAAGAUGACGAGGAGGAAGAUACAUCGAUGACAUCAGACAAUGAGACCUUUCUACGUCUGCUUGAGGAGCAGGAGAAGAUUAGUUUCAUGUUUCGCUGUGCACGAGUCCAAGGUUUGGACACCUUUGAGGGGUUGCUGCUUUUCGGCAAAGAACACUGCUACAUUGUCGAUGGUUUCACAUUGCUGAAGAGUCGUGAGAUACGUGAUAUAGACACGCUACCCCCAGGCGCCUAUGACCCAAUUAUUCCCAACUCUGGUGGUGGGCCUGUGACUCGAACACCAAGCACAAUAGCACAUAGCCACAAGUUGCGUCAGUGUUCCAAAUUCGCCUACGAAGAGAUACGCGAAGUGCACAAGCGUCGCUAUUUGCUACAACCCAUCGCCCUGGAGGUAUUUUCCGAGGAUGGACGCAACUAUUUACUCAGUUUUCCACGUAAGGUGCGCAAUAAGGUGAACCAGCGAUUCCUGGCUCUCGCUACCGCUCUCAAUGAUAAUGCACAGCAAUCGGUGGCUGGCCAGAAACGCACCGCCAGCGUAGAGCAAACAUCGGGCCUGUUUAGUGGCCUAAUUGGCGAGACUUCGGUGACGCAACGCUGGGUGCGCGGCGAGAUCUCCAAUUUCCAAUACCUUAUGCAUUUGAACACCCUCGCAGGUCGCUCCUACAAUGAUCUCAUGCAGUAUCCCGUCUUUCCUUGGAUAUUGGCUGACUAUGAUUCCGAGGAGUUGGACUUCACCAACCCGAAGACAUUCCGCGACUUUUCGCGUCCCAUGGGUGCCCAGUCUGAAGAGCGUUUAGAGCAGUUUCAGAAGCGUUUCAAGGAAUGGGACGAUCCGCAUGGCGAGACACCACCUUAUCACUAUGGCACCCACUAUAGCUCAGCAAUGAUUGUGUGCUCCUAUCUGGUACGCCUGGAACCCUUCUCGCAACCUUUCCUCAAGCUGCAGGGAGGACACUUUGAUUUAGCUGACCGCAUGUUCCAUAGCAUUAAAGAGGCCUGGUUGUCUGCAUCCAAGCUUAACAUGGCGGAUGUUAAAGAAUUAAUACCAGAGUUCUUCUACCUGCCAGAGUUCUUGAGCAAUUUCAACAACUUCGAUCUGGGCACUAAGCAAAAUGGGGAGACGCUUAAUCACGUCAUAUUGCCACCGUGGGCCAAACAGGACCCGCGCGAGUUUAUUAGACUGCAUCGCAGUGCCCUGGAAUGUGAUUAUGUCAGUCAGAAUUUGCAUUUGUGGAUUGAUUUGAUCUUUGGCUGCAAACAACAAGGACCCGCCGCUGUCGAUGCUGUGAACGUGUUCCACCAUCUCUUCUACGAGGGCAACGUGGACAUCUACAACAUUGAUGAUCCGCUGAAGAAGAAUGCCACGAUUGGUUUCAUCAAUAACUUUGGCCAAAUACCCAAGCAGCUGUUCAAAAAAGCCCAUCCCGCCAAGAAAAUGUCCAAUUCACGCCACUCCGCACUUAUUGAUCCUGCCGCCCUUAUACAGGGCAAUACCACCGUGCUACAAACCGAUCGCCUAUUCUUCCACAAUCUGGACAAUCUGAAGCCCAGUCUGCAACCCAUCAAAGAGCUCAAAGGUCCGGUGGGCCAAAUAUUGCAGCCAGACAAAACAGUCUUUGCAGUGGAGCAGAAUAAAGUGAUGAUGCCGCCAUCGUAUACGAAAUAUAUAGCCUGGGGCUUUGCCGAUCACUCGCUACGUGUGGGCUUAUAUGAUACAGAUCGCGCCUCCUUCGUGUCGGAGGCGGCCGCACAGAACUCUGGCGAGAUCUUGACCUGUGCUUGCCCCAAUGCCAAGAUGAUUGUCACUGCGGGCACCAGCUCCGUGGUUACCAUCUGGAAAUUCGAUACGAAUCGCAAGAGUGUCAGCGUGCGACACUCCCUGCAUGGCCACACCGAUGCUGUUACAUGUCUGGCGGCAAGUGCUGCCUACAAUGUGAUUGUUUCAGGAUCACGUGAUGGCACGGCAAUUGUCUGGGAUAUGUCGCGAUUCACUUUCGUGCGACAAUUGCGCGGACAUGUCGGCGUCGUGGCCGCUGUGGCCAUUAACGAUCUAACCGGCGAAAUAGCGACUUGCUCCGCUACUUGGCUGCAUGUGUGGAGCAUCAAUGGUGACCCAUUGGCCAUGGUUAAUACAUGUGUCGGCAGCGCGGAUCGCAUGCAACAAAUUCUCUGCGUAGCGUUCUCACAAAUACGCGAAUGGGAUCAGCAGAAUGUCGUUAUAACGGGCUCAACGGACGGAGUGGUGCGGAUGUGGUCAUUGGAGCACACUCAGGUGCCCAUCGAUCGCAAGCUGAAGCGGGGAGUUGAGGUCAAUUCGCAAGAUAAACCCGACGAAAAGUCCAUAAGCGCGCACAAUGACAACAAGGACAAUAAAGCUACCAAAAUGGACAUCCUCAAGCAAAUGAAGAGCCUCUCACAGCCGGAACAACAGCUCGACAUUGCCAAAUCGGGAUCGGAGAGCAGCAUAUCAGAAGCCUCACACCAUAGUACUGAAUCGCAAAAGUCGGAAGAAGCUGCAGGUACAAGCAACGAGCUCACUGAACCACCUCCGGAGCGCCGGAAAAGCUCUGUAACGGGGGCCAAGUCGCUGCACGAAAUGAAAUCGGCUACUGUGGAUGCUCCAGAGCCGAAGACAAAUGAGGAGGAGCACAGCAUUCGUCCGAGCAAAUCGGAUACGAGUCUGACUGAUGGCUUUGUGGUUAUAGACAAUGACAAACCGCGUGGGGAGCAAUCGCUAAGAAAGGGCUUCAAAUGGCAACGUCAAUUAAUGUUUAGAUCCAAGCUUACAAUGCACACGGCCUAUGAUCGCAGAGAUAAUGCUGAACCAGCUAGCAUUACUGCAUUAACAGUAUCGAAAGAUCAUAAAAUACUUUAUGUCGGGGAUGCCCGUGGUCGCAUAUUUUCAUGGAGUGUAACCGAGCAGCCCGGUCGCGGCGUAGCCGAUCAUUGGCUGAAAGAUGAGGGCGCCGAUCAGUGUGUCAAGUGUCACGUUAAAUUCACACUCUACGAGCGCAAGCAUCAUUGUCGGAAUUGUGGUCAGGUCUUCUGCAAUAAGUGUAGCCGUUUCGAAUCGGAAAUCUCACGUCUACGCAUUCUCAAGCCCGUGCGCGUCUGUCAAGCAUGCUACGGACAAUUACGCUCCGUAUCUUUGGACAACUAAAGCGAGUCUCCGAUGUACCUACUAUGUUACAAACGAAUUAACUGCGUUCACUAUCUAAAAGUUCAUAAAUAUGUAACUGUUAAAAGACGUUAUAGGCAUAUAUUUUGAUUUAACUAUAUUUAUGCGAAUUUUUUCUACACUUGUACAUUUUUGUAAUAUAAUUUGUAUCUUUUGAUAUUUGAUAACCAAAAGAUGUUGUGCGAGCAACAAUUAAAGGCUGUUAUAUGAUUUUAUAUUUUAUUAUGAAAUAAUUUACAAUUUCUCUCUGUGUAUAUGAUGUAUACAUAUGUAUGUAUGUUUACUAUAAAACCCACAGUUGCAAUAUAUUUAUAAUUUACGUGUAUUCUAGCUAUUAU